GGACAGGAAUGAGAGUGUUACUGGAGGAGGGGUGAGGAGAGAGAGGAAGCAUCAUUUACCAUCAAACAUCAUCAUGGAAUCAGUCAUCAGUGUUUCUUCAACAUGUGUGAAGUCUGGACCUCUGGAGAAGAAGUGCUCUUCAGAAGUACUAAACCUCACACACUGAGUUAACUGGACUUUAUGAAAUGGAUUUUACGCUUGAGGACUGACUAUUUUACUUUUUGGAAAAUAAAUAAAUAAAACUGGUUUGGGGCAACUGUAUCUAAACGUAUGUGGGAUUUCAACAGGAGCUCAAACGCCUGGUUAACCUGUUUGGUGUGAACUGUACCACACAAACACAGAGUGGAUCAUGGGACAUCCUCAUAUGAAGACAUCUGAGAUACAAAUGGAAGUUGUGAAUAAAUGAUGGCCGACAAGACUGGGCCCAUGAUAGCCUCUGUGCCAAAUCCCCCAGUGCCAAAUCUCACCACUGCCCUAUGGGAGCCCAAUCCUACGGUUCCUGCCGACCUGGGCGUCGUCACGAGCUCCCAGUCACAGAUCAAAGACCUUUUUGGGUUGUUCUUUAUGGUGACCCUUAACCUCAUUGCUUUGUUGGCCAACACUGGUGUGAUGGUGGCCAUUGCCCGUGCUCCUCACCUGAAGAGGUUUGCUUUUGUGUGUCACCUUUGUGCAGUGGACCUGCUGUGUGCCAUCCUUCUCAUGCCUUUGGGUAUAAUAUCCAGCUCAGCGUUCUUUGGUACUGUGGUGUUUACUGUUCUGGAGUGUCAGGUUUACAUCUUUCUAAAUGUAUUCCUCAUCUGUCUCUCAAUUCUCACUAUCACAGCCAUCAGUGUGGAGCGUUACUUCUAUAUCGUACACCCCAUGCGUUAUGAAGUGAAGAUGACCAUCAACCUCGCUAUUGGUGUCAUGCUCCUAAUCUGGGUUAAGUCAGUCCUUUUAGCUAUGGUCACGAUGUUUGGAUGGCCAGCGUAUGGACAUCAGAGCUCUAUUGCUGCAGCUCACUGCUCUCUCCAUGCGAGCCACAGUCGGCUAAGAAGUGUAUUUUCUGUGCUCUUUAGUGUCGUCUGCUUCCUGGUUCCUGCAGUGGUUAUCUUUGCUGUUUACUGUGCCGUGUACAAAGUAGCUCGUUCCGCAGCCCUGCAGCAAGUCCCUGCUGUGCCAACAUGGGCAAAUGCGAGCCCUGCUAAGAAUCGCUCAGACUCCAUCAACAGCCAGACCACCAUGAUCACCACCACACGCACUCUGCCACAAAGACUAUCUCCAGAGAGGGCCUUCAGUGGAGGAAAGGCUGCCCUCACUUUGGUAUUAAUUGUUGGUCAGUUCUUUGUUUGUUGGCUGCCCUACUUCAUCUUCCACCUGCAAAUGUCUCUGACUGGCUCCAUGCACAGCCCCGGGGACUUGGAGGAGGCAGUCACCUGGCUGGCCUACUCCUCUUUUGCUGUUAACCCGUUCUUCUACGGCCUUUUGAACAGGCAGAUCAGAGAAGAGCUGGUAAAGUUUCGGCGCUGCUGCUUGACCCAGCCGGCAGAGUUUGGGACAUCCAGCCAUGAGGGCUCCCUUCAGGAGAAUUUCCUCCAGUUCAUCCAGAGAACCAGCAGCAGCAUAGUUGAGACCACAUCCAGCUGUGCCAAUACCAAAAACACUAUGGACCAGGGAAUAAAGAUCCCUGGACAAAUACCUGAGGAGCACGCUUAGACAGUGACCAACAACGUGAGUUAUGGACCACAGUGCUAAUAUAUUGGCCAUGUCAGUUUUUUAUGUAAGCUGGACAUUUUUUCUUAACGGAUGAGUUCACUUUUUAAGUCUAUCUUAAAAUAACCUGCCCAUUAAAAUGAUUAUUGGUCACCUGAAUAAUUCCUCCUGUUCGCACUGGCCACGAGAGAUAAUUUAAUAUUUUAUUACAAAAUAAAAACCUCCUAACUUAUGAGUGAGUGCAGUUGGUCUUACAUUGCAUAAUGUGACCAUUGCACAAGCAUACAUUAAUAUUAAUAUUUAAAUGAUCCAUUCUUUUAAUCUAAGUGAUGGAGGAUAAAAUGCACAGUCAUUGUUCUUUGCAAAAAAUCAGUCUGCUGAAUCAAAAAAAAAAAAACUAUACAUCCACAAGGUACAGAAUAUAAGUAUUGCUUUUCCUAAAAGAAAAAAAAGAUAUGUUUGUGAUAUGUCUGCCAGGUUGAAAAUGAUUGUUUGUUUAUUUCUGUGUAAGAUAUCUGACGUGUGAUUGCCGCCAGUGCUAACAAGGCUGGUGAGCCAAUAGUAUCACAACUUUGUUUCGCUGUGUCGUCAGCUAACAAGACUCUUAGUAGUUCGCCAGUUAAUAUGAAAAAAUGGAAAAUGGCUGCGCUUGACGUAGACGCACGUCAAACACUUGGAUGCAUGACCAGGUGUGAACAUUGUUUCUGCAUAUAUUUGUUAGAGUCAGCUGAAGGAGUUUCAACGGCUUUAAAGCCAGGCUGAUGCGGCCACUUCUCUUCUUGACCAGUAAGCUAAGCUUAGGUUUGCUAGUUAGCUAACUGGGAAUCUACACUGACACCGUCCAUGAAAUAUGCAGGUUGUGAAUGGAACCGCCAACCACGAUUUUGUGACGUGAACACGAUGGAAGGGGGAGGAGGAGUGCGCCAUCUAGUGGCUGAAUUAUAUUAAUGUUAUCAAUUGCACCUUUAAGGAUUGUUUUUGCAUAUAACAAUGGAUUUUGUCCCCCAACACUUAUAUAAAGUCUUUGCGGCCAGUAUGGACGGGUAGAUCAAUUACAUCAACCGAUAAUCCUUCCAAUGCACAUAGGGACAUGUCAGUAUUGUUUUAAGAUAGACUUGAUAGACAAAUGUGACCUUAUCCUUUAAAUACAUCUCAAAUUCACAGUGCCUUUCAUCGUAUAAUUCAGGUAGGCUUUCUCAUUUUAGGUCAAGGUGCUGUGCUUGUACUGUAACAUGAAAUAUUAGUGUCAAAUGUUCCCCUGUGCAUAUUUUCCAUUCAUACAAAUGGCCUGGUUUUAAUGAUGUUUGUAGAAAAGGUUUUAUAUGUUUAUAAAUGUGAACAUCUGGAGUGUAACUACAAUAACAAGGUUAUGAUUGGACGGAUAAAUGUUGAAUGUUUUAUUGUUUUUAAUAAGGAACAAUUUGUAUUCAAUAUAAACAUCAGUUGGUUCCACUUCAUCCUUUUUGUCAUGCCAAUAACAAUAAGUAUUUUCAAAUGGGA